AGCUUAUGUUUGAUGCUAUUGCUUAUUUGUUUUUAUCUUACACCUUUCAAGACAACAAGUGUUUGAUAGUAAAACAUUGACCUUUGUUAGAGUUCUCCUUGAAGUUUCUGCAUGCGUUUAACUGCAUUUUGUCCUGAUUUAAAUGUAAAUGUCUUGCGUUACAGGAGCGAGAUGACAUUUGGAAAUCCUUGUGCAUGCAGAUGGUCGACAGUCCUGAUAAUCCCGACAGUGCUCUCAUGGUCUGCUAAUAUCUGAAGCCUCAAGGAACUGAAGGCAGCGUGCCAAGUGGAGACAGAGAGAUGUCGGGGAAAAGAGAAAAGCUGCAGGAGGCCUUGUGCCGCUACACUGCAGAUACUCUCUCCUACAUCGACACAGUGAGGAAAUUCUGUUUGACGUUCGCUACAUGGAUGCUCAGGAUGGAGAUAGAAAUUAUCUAUAUGGUGGACAUUAAAGACAGAGCUGACAAAGUCAACCUGAAACUCAGCCAUGUCAAAAAGGCAAAGGGCAAAGGUAGGGCCUCUCUUGAAUAUAUAAAGAGCAAGUUUUACCAGGACAGCAGGCGUGCAGAGCUGCAGGAGGAGCUGGCUGCUGUGGUGAAGGACACUCUGGGAGGCCUGGAGGAGCUCGACUGCUUCCUGGAUGCAGUGGAGAAUCUGGCGGUCACCUCACUUCAUGUGUUCACGGAGAAGAACCAGCUGCUACAUCUGCCAGAAGGGGUCAGCCCUGAACAUGUCCAGGUGGUCAUCACUGCUGCACGGACAGUCUGUCCUCUCCUCCUCGAGUUUAAACGAGAUGCCAGUGUCUUCUUCCUCCCCAAGCUUCAGAAUGUGGAAGUGCUGUCAUAUCAGCUGGACAAAUACAUUCAGACCACCCAGGAAAUAUGUGACAAGCUAGAGAAAAGCUCCUUCAGUGACUUUAGCCUGAAGAUGAACACAGAAACUCUGGUGGACCUCAGUGUGGAUUUGUCUGAAGAUGACAUACAAAGGAUGCUUCGUCAGAUUAAUCAGCUCCAUGAAAUCAGGAUGGACCAGAGCUUCCGGAUGGUGUUCUUGUUUCAGGAGGAACCAUGCAGUGGCUUCAUCGGUGAGUUCAGUGAGAAACAGCCCAGGAUGCUGCAGUUUCUAACAGACCUGGAGGAGACUGCUGUUCAGCUGGACAACAUGAGUAAGGGGGCCAAGAUCUCCAGUGUGGCCGGCAACUCAGUCGGGGCAAUUGGAGGUGUGCUUUCCAUUGUUGGUUUGGCAUUAAUUCCUGUAACAGCUGGAGCAUCUCUAGUUCUGACGAUGACCGGGGUGGGGCUGGGAAUUACCAGUGCAACUAACAGUCUCGUCACCACUGGCACAGAGAUCGGAGUGAACCACACGCAACAAAAGAAAGCAAAUGAAACCUUCAAGAGCUUCAUGGAGGAUGUGAAGAGUCUCCAGGAUUGUCUGGAGGAGGUGAGCCAGAGAGCAAUGAACAAGGUGGAUGUGGCUGUGGGAGUUGGCAAGAUGCUCUGUAAAGCGGGUGCUAUUGGAAAGAGCAUUGACUCAAUGGUUGAUGGUGCUUCUGCUGUUAAGCUGUUAAAAAGUGAAGAGAUGCUUGCAAGUUCUGGUAAAGUGGCAGUGCAGGAAGGAAAAUCAUUAGGUAACGUACCCAGGGUGGCAUCAGAUAUCCCAGAUAUUGGACAGGCAGCAGUCAAAGGGCCUCUUGCUCUCUCCAAGUCAGCCAGGGACGGUUUCAUCGGGCUCAAUGCGCUCUUCCUCGGCAUGGAUAUCUUCUUCAUCUAUAAAGACAGCGUCAGUCUGGCAAAAGGCAGCGAGACUGAAUUAUCACAGUUCAUCAGAGCCAGAGCUGCACUGUGGAGCUCAGAGAUGGACUCAUGGCAGAAGAUCCACGACUUCCUGUGCAAAGGUCUGCUGGGAUCAGAGAAACACAAAGCUAGGAGCCUGGAGAUGCCGUUUUAUCUAUUUUAGAGAGGGAGAUGAAGAAACACAGAGACACAGAAAAGGAUGAUGAAUUUAAUUUGAUGAAGUAGAUGAAAUACAACAAAUGAAAGAUACUGAUACAGUAGUGCUCAGUGAACAGAGAUUACUGCACAUUUAGAAUCAACUCUGACACUCAGAUCACAUCACACAUCACUGUUCAGCAUCAAACAUCAUUAAAGUGCAUUUCUAAAGAAGUCUCAUGUAAUUCUUAUGACAAACCAGUUUAUUGGGUCAACUCUUUCUUAUUCUUUAUUGUAAAUGUAUGAACCUUUUGCUCACCCUGUUUCAAAAUAUGAUGUGUUAUAAGUGUGAUUUUUUAGAUACAUCUAACUGAUAACAAAUGGAAAAUGGAAAAAAUAAUUACUGUUGAAUGCAAUAUAAAUAUUUUAUGCAAAACACAUUCUGUACAAACUGUUGGAUCUUCAAUAUUCACAUGUAACAUUAAAUCUGCAACAU